GCGGCUGAUAUGUUUGUGCUACAUACGUCACCUGUAGCAGCUGUCAUCAACAAAAAUGUUCGGUUUUAACAUUUUCGUCCUUAUCGUGGGACUUGGAGCCAUUUAUUCAAAUGUCAAUGGUUAUCCUGAUAAGUACGAAGUUAAAGAUGAAAAUACAAAUAUGAAAAUUGAUCUGAUGGAUGUAUUGAAAAAUCUCAAUGAAAAUCAUGGAAAGCAGUUUAGUUCAUCUAACUCUGAUGAUGAUUGGACAGGACGUUGGAUGCCUCAAAGGCCAGGAGAGUACACACCACCUCCCAAAGUGUUUCAUAAAUCUGAAAAGCCUGAAAAGAGCAGUGAGAACUGGGAUGGUAAAUGGUUACCUAGUAAACCUGGUGAAUAUCAAGCACCACCCAAAGUGUUUUCCAAUAAAACUUCUAAAGUAGAUGAAACUUCUGAUAAUACAUAUGUCCCCAUGGGUGUGAAAAAUCAUAUGUGCGAUGAUGGAAAGACAAAUUUAACUGUUGACUGGGAUCACUCUUCGACAAGUCAUACAUGUUAUGGACAAAAAACAGUACCUGAUUUUAAAGUAAAACCCAAUUGGUAUUGUGAAACAAUUCCUAAAUUUUAUAUGGCAGCUCAUAAAUGUAUGACAGAAAGAAUUGAAUAUGUAGAUGACAUUCCACUUUAUGGAACUCAUCGUCCUAUAUGGCCUGUUUAUGGAGAAUACAAGUACUUACCUGUGCAAAGAUGGCUCCAUAGCUUAGAGCAUGGAGCAAUAGUUAUGUUGUAUCACCCAUGUGCUAAUAAAAUGGAAGUAGAAAAAUUGAAAAAAAUUGUGAAAGGCUGUCUUCGUAGACAUAUAAUAACACCAUACAAUUUACUGGAUGAUGACAGACCCUUAGCAUUAUUGAGUUGGGGAUGUAGAUUAACCAUGUCACACGUAAAUAAAAAUAUAGUAACACAAUUUAUAAGAGAAAGAGCUCUACAUGCUCCUGAAAAUCAAGUGUAUGAAGAUGGUGAAUUUGAAGACCAAUUACUGGAAAAAGCUAAAGUGAUAUCAACUCAGGAAGAUACACAAAUAUGCGCUAAUUUGAUGUAAUACUAUUGACACAGCCAUGAUAGCCUUGAUACUCACUAUCAGUACUUAAACAUAUCUAUGCUUGUAUAUAUUUAUUCAUGUUAUCAAACUGUGAUUGUUAUUUUAUACCAAAUCUAAUUCUAUUUAAGAAAUUGUAAACUAUCCAUUUACUUUUUCUAAUAUUAACAUAUGUUAUGCUUUAAGACAAAGAAGAGAAUGUUGCAAUGAUGUACAUAGCAAAUUAUUAAUAAGGCAAAUUACCUUGAUAUUAAUAAGAAAGUGUGCAUUGAAAAAAAUAUUAGAUUUACUAAUAAUUGAUCUGAAGAUGAA